GCAUAAAAACCACCAUGUGAUUCAGUGGAAUAACAUUUGACUUUACCCCACAUUGAAGAGCGUCUUUGUUCUGACUUAAAUUAUGUGAUCACACAUUCAUGGUCACACACUUAAACCAAGACUAUAUAGAGUGUUUGUUUUAGCUGGUGCUCAGUUCAGGUUCAUUGACUAGUUACAUAAUUUGUGCUCUUCUCUCUUUAACUUCUUUGCAGCUUUAACUCUUUUUGUUUUUUUGUGUGUGGAUUUGAGCUCAAAGGUCAUCCUCGUUAGUGAGGUUAGUUUGAGCGGACUGUCUUCCUGAGAUCAUUCCUGCAGAGCGCCGCCGUUCUCCUGCAGCCUGUGAUGUGCUGAACACAACACAUCUGAAAGUUUCUGUGUAGAUUCUUGAUCUCAGCUGCAGAGAUGGUCUCCUUUGAUGACCUCCUGGAGGAGGCCGGGGCUUUUGGCCGCUGUCAGAAGAGAAUCUUCUCCCUGCUCUGUCUGCUGUCGCUGCCUUUCGCAGGUGUGUACGUGGGCAUCGUGUUCCAGGGCUUCACCCCGGAUCACUGGUGCCGGGACCCGGAGUUGGUGGAGAUGAGGCAGGUGUGUGGCUGGAGUCUGGAGGACACUCACAGGCUGAUUCCUCUGGUGAACGGCUCUGGAGAGCCGGAGCAGCGGAGCAGCUGUGAGCAGUAUGAGGUGGACUGGAACAGCACGACACUGACCUGUGACUCGCUCGCACAACUGGACCCCAGCGGAGUCCCAGUCUCCAAGUGCAAGGCCUCGUGGGAGUAUCAGUAUGAAGGGAGGAAGUCCUUCGUCACCGAGUUUGACCUGGUGUGUGAGAAGAGUUGGUUGGUGGACAUGUACCAGUCUAUGCUCAACGUGGGCUUCCUUGUUGGCAGCUUUGCCUUUGGCUACUUCGCAGACAGGUUUGGCAGGAAGAUCACAUUCCUCAUGUCCAACAUUCUGAACGUGAUCUCGGGGCUGGGGCUCGCCUUGGCUCCAAACUACGUCGCCGUCCUGGUGUUUAGGGCCAUCUUUGGUUUUGGAGUGAAAGGAGGCUGGAUGACCAACUAUGUGCUGUUGACGGAGAUCGUGGGAGUGAAGCACAGAAGAACUGUGGGCAUAAUCUUCCAGAUGUUCUUCAGCGUUGGCCUCCUCAUCCUCCCUCCUCUUGCCUACUUCAUCACCGACUGGCGCUGGUUCCAGGUUGCCAUCGCCGCUCCAAACGUCCUCUUCCUGGCCUACUACUGGUUCAUCCCAGAGUCUCCACGUUGGCUCCUUUCCCAGAACAAUUCCGCCAAAGCUGAGGAGAUCGUCAGAGCCAUGGCCGAGGAGAACAAGAAGAAACUCACCAGCAGCUUUGACAAUCUGGUGUGUGAUGAAGGCGACUCUCCCUCUGCUUCUCUGCUGGAUCUGGUCAGGACUCCAAAGAUGAGGAAGCACACUUUCAUUCUCAUGUUCAACUGGUUCAGCUGCGCUGUGGUUUAUCAGGGCCUCAUCAUGCGCGUGGGCAUAACGGGAGGAAACGUCUACAUUGACUUCCUCAUCAUGGCCCUGGUGGAGUUUCCCGCCGCCUUCCUUAUCCUCUUCACCAUCGAGCGGAUCGGCCGACGUCUUCCCUUCGCCACCGCUAACAUCGUUGGCGGAGCCUGCUGCCUCAUCGCCGCCUUCAUCCCCGACAGUCUGUUCUGGUUUAAGACGGCAGUGGGAUGUGUCGGGCGUCUGGGAAUGACCAUGGCCUUUGAGAUGGUGGUGUUCGUCAACACCGAGCUCUACCCGACGUUUAUCAGGAACCUGGGCGUGUCCGUUUGUUCCACUAUGUGCGACAUCGGAGGAAUCAUCUCUCCGUUCCUGCUCUACAGACUCUCUGCCAUCUGGCUGGAGUUGCCGCUCAUCAUCUUUGGAGUCGUCGCGUUGAUCGCUGGAGGUUUGGUUCUGCUGCUUCCUGAAACCAGAGGAGUUCCUCUUCCCGAUACCAUCGAC